CAAAAGCUUUACUUUCUCUCAAACGUUGACUUUGACUUGCGAUCGUGUUUCAGCCGUGUGCAUUCUUUCUGCAUAGAGAAACAAGAGCCGAGGAAAACCACCCCAAACCAAGCACUACCAUCAUAAUGAUUCUACAGUGGUAAGGGCUUCCAGGCUUUUCUACUUAUGUCGGUUGUGCCUUUUGUGGAUGCUGUGCUUCUCCAGGCAAAUUAACCCUAAGGAAAACCAACCAGUUCUUGAAUUUCUAUACCAUGGCCCUUGGGUCAGUGAUGUUCAGUGAUGUCUCCAUAGUUUUCUCUCAGGAAGAAUGGGAAUAUCUGGACGUGGACCAGAAAGACUUGUACAGAGAUGUGAUGUUGGAGAACUAUAGCAACGUGGUUUCCUUGGCGGGAUGUUUCAUUUCUAAACCAGAUGUGAUUUCCUUACUGGAGCAAGGGAGAGAGCCCUGGGAGAGAGCGAGGCAAGGAAGAGGACGAUGCCUCGAUUGGGAGACCAGGUGUGAGACCAAGAAGUUAUUUUCAGAAAAUGAUAUUUAUGAAAUAAAUUUGUCACAGUGGAAGAUAAUGGAAAGAAUCAAAAACCAUGGCCUUGAAGGCCUUGUUUUUAAAAAGAAUUGGGAAUAUAAAAGCAAAUUUAAAGGACAAGAGGAACCUCAAGAAGAAUCUUUCAAUCAAGUGAAAAUUACAUCUGAAAAAGUUUCCUCUUACCAGAAACGCAAAUCUCUUAUUCCACAACAGAGCAUUAAUUUUGUGGAGAAACCCUAUGAAUGCCAGGAAUGUGGGAAGGCCUUUAGAGUACGUCAACAACUUACUUUCCAUCACAGAAUUCAUACUGGUGAGAAACCCUAUGAAUGUAAGGAAUGUGGGAUGGUCUUUAGGCAGACUGCACACCUUACUCGACAUCAGAGACUUCAUUCUGGUGAAAAACUCUAUAAAUGUAAAGAAUGUGGAGAAUCUUUCAUAUGUGGCCCAGACCUUAGAGCACAUCAGAAAAAUCAUAUUGGUGAGAAACCCUUUGGAUGUAAAGAAUGUGGAAAGGCCUUUAAAGUACGAGGACAACUUACCCUCCAUCAGAGGAUUCAUACGGGUGAGAAACCCUAUGUAUGUAAGGAAUGUGGGAAAGCCUUUAGACAAUAUGCACACCUUACUCGACACCAGAAACUUAAUAUUGCUGACAAACUUUAUGAAUGUAAAGAAUGUGGGGAAGCCUUUUUGUGUGGUUCAGGCCUUAGAGCACAUCAUAAAAUUCAUACUGGUGAGAAACCCUAUGAAUGUAAGGAAUGUGGGAAGGCCUUCAGAGUCCGACAGCAGCUAACUCUUCAUCAAAGAAUUCACACUGGUGAAAAACCUUACGAAUGUAAGGAAUGUGGAAAGACCUUUAGCCGUGGUUAUCAUCUUAUUCUUCAUCACAGAAUUCACACUGGUGAAAAACCUUAUGAAUGUAAGGAAUGCUGGAAGGCCUUUAGUCGUUACUCUCAACUUAUUUCACAUCAGAGUAUUCAUAUUGGUGUUAAACCCUAUGAUUGUAAAGAAUGUGGGAAGGCCUUUAGACUACUCUCGCAACUUACUCAACAUCAGAGUAUUCAUAUUGGUGAGAAACCCUAUAAAUGUAAGGAAUGUGGGAAAGCCUUUAGAUUAAGACAGAAACUUACUUUACACCAGAGCAUUCAUACUGGUGAGAAACCCUUUGAAUGUAAAGAAUGUAGGAAGGCCUUUAGACUUAAUUCAUCCCUUAUUCAGCAUCUGAGAAUUCAUUCUGGUGAGAAACCUUAUGAAUGUAAGGAAUGUAAAAAGGCCUUUAGACAACAUUCGCAUCUUACCCAUCAUCUGAAAAUUCAUAAUGUAAAAUUAUAAGAUUUCUUAAUCUUGUUUUUUAGAACAUUCUGUGAAUGUAGAAUCUCUUUUUGCUUCAUAUGUACAAGUGAUUUAUCAUAAAAGACCGUGCAAAAUAAUGUAUUCCACUAUCUCUCAACAUAAUAUAUUUUAGCACAUUGAUUUCUUUUCAAUUUUUUAUUGUGAUUGAAUGAAAUUAAACAAUUUUCACAUUU